AUGGUAUAUUUCAGAAGCAAGAAUUUUGGAAUAGCCGACUCCUCGAGGGAGAGUUUCGAUACGGUCUAUGAGCAGGAGGGGCCUAUCACUAGCCUAUGCUGCUGCAAGGACGGGAUUGUUGUAGGAUGUAAGAAUCGCGCAGUAGUCAUCAAGAAAGGUGAAAACAAAAAAAAAAAGAUAGUGAAGUUUGACAGAGAUAUAAGUGCUAUAGAUGCAUGGGAAGACUUGACGGCAUAUGGAGAUGAAGGCGGAGAGAUCAAGGUGGUUGGAAGGAUGAGAACCAUUGUCAGACACUAUCAAGAGCAUGAGGCCAGAGUUAAUGAAAUAAAAAUCAACGAAGAUAUGCUCAUAAGUUGCAGUGAUGACAUGAAGAUAAAGAUAUUUGAAUUGUCCAGGGCAGAGUCUGUUGCCACCAUAGCUGAGAAUACAGAUUACGUCAAAAGCAUUGAUGUUGGAGACGGAAUGAUAUUUUCUGGGUCAUAUGAUGGAUUUAUCAACGGAUACAGCCUCUCGACCUUUAAGAGGGUAUUUGAACACAACACCAAGCGUCGUGUAUCGAAAGUCCGUAUCUUGGGAGGAGGGCGUGUGGCCUUUGCAUCUGGAAAUGAGGUGUGUGUGAUUGAUGUUGAGAAUGGAGGCAAGGAAAUAGGAAAGGCCUUCCACAUAAAGGAAGUGACGUCGAUGGUGUUUUAUGCAGGAAGGCUUUAUACGGUGUCACUGGAUGCAAAUGUAAGGGUAUUUACAACAGACCUUAGGAUGAUAUCAAAGAUUGGGGUUCAAGGAGGGAUUCUAAGUAUUAGUAUUUUUGACGAUGUACUGUGCCUUGGAUUAGAAGAUAGAGAAGUAUUGGAAUUGGCCAAGGAACAAGAGAAGAAGGAUGUCAUGGAGCUUAGAUAUAGAGGAAACGAGCUAGAAGAUGAGGCGAAGAUUGAUGUUGUUCCAAAUCCGCUGGUGAAAUUCAGUUUUCUAGAGAGGAGGUUGAACGCCUUUGAAUAUAAGAAAUCUAUGAUCCAUGCAAUGGAAAAGAGGGAUAUCCAAAAGGUGUUUGCGGUGAUGAAUUAUAUCCAUGAAAAGCAGAAGUUUGAACAUGCGCUCCAGGAUUUGAACAGAAGAGAAGUGGAGAGGAUCCUUGAUGUGAUAAUUGAGUUUUUUACGGUGAGGGAGCUUGUGCCUGUUUUUUCCGAGUGUAUUGAGACGAUCCUUUCUCUGUAUGAAAGGGACAUAAGGGAUGAUAGUAUGCUGAGUAGAAAAAUAGAAGUGCUUGGAGCAGCCAUUGACGAUGAGUUGUACUUUCAAGAAGAAAACCUCCGCUCGAUUGCGUUUCUUGAGUGUUUCCGAGGCUAG